GUGCGGCGAGCUUGGAUCGAGUUCAUUGACUCCACCAAUCUUUGAGCACAGAGUGAGAGAGACAAAAAGACUGCAGUAAUGUUGAAGUUCCUCUCAAGGGUUCGUAUCGAGUUUAAUGCCUUGGACCCACGUACAGCCUCGUGCAUGGAGUUCUUGGCGCAGUGCAAUGCACGCAAGGCCAAAGAGUCCAACCCCGCUUGUCAAAUCCAGGUGAAGCGCCGAACCGACGACCACCCGCCCCAGAUCACCGUCGCCUUCGUCAACGGGGUCGAAGAGGUCUUCGAUGCCACAGCCACGCCGGCCCAGACUAUAAGGAAUAUGAUUCUCGAAAAGGGUCAGCUCCUCGAGACCGAGCAAAUGUUCCGUGAAGCUGGCGAGGCCUGGCCCGUUAUCAUCCCUGAGGAGGAGCUAUACCAACACGCGCCGGGUACUAAGCCGAGGAAAGCAGAAGAGAAGAAGCAGUAACAGUUUCACAUCUGAUGUAUAUCUUGCCUGGGAUCAUUAUAGGUGGUUGUCUGAUCUGCUGUACUUUUAAUUUUGACAAGAAAAUCCCACAUGUGAGAGUGUGAGACAUUACUUUGAACCUUGCCUUGUUUUGUACUGCUAGCAUGCUGCUCUUGCUUCGCAAAUGGAGGCAUUGGGUCUGUCGAGUCUAUUUGAUUGAAAUAAUAAUUGAAUCCUUAUUGCUCA